UUUGUUCUGGGCGUGCGUGUGUUUUAUUGUUGUUGUAUUUUGUCUUGUGAUAGGAAGUGUGCACAGAAUUGUCGAUUGUUUUCAAAAUUAUUACCACUUUCGUGAAACUAAAUAAAAAAAUACGAUGUGCCCUUAAUAUUUAUGACGUAGUGUUAAAAAAGAGGGAAAUCUAAAUUUAGACGUGGUGUAAUUUCUUGUAAUAAAUUUUUGUAACCUUCUGUCAUUGUGUAAAUAGUUCUUUUCGGAUACGAGCUCUGGGUUUUAGAUGGCUUCGAAGAAAUCUACGAAAAAUCAAAAUAACAAAGACAUCGCGACGAUGGACGAUAUAGAAGAUAAGGCGAAGUCGUUCCUGGAGCGGUUUUUCGGGGACGUUAGUAAAAUUUCAGCUACAAAGCAAAUAGCUUUGGGGACUAGUACAGGAUGGGUGACUGGUUUCCUGGCCAUGAGAGUAGGCAAAACCGCCGCUUUGGCUCUAGGUGGAGGAAUAAUUUUACUCGAAAUAGCUAGCGAGAAAGGCUACAUUAAAAUCAAUUGGGAUAAAGUCCAGAAAAACCUGGAUAAAGUGGGCGACCGCGUUGAGGAAAAAAUCACAGGACACGGACCCGAUUGGAAGGAUAAGGUGGAAAGAUAUGUGGAUAAGCAAGUUGAUAAAGCAGAGAAUAUUUUUAGAAAGAACGAACAGAAAGCAAAAUCUUGGUACUCUACAUUUAUUGGGGAGAAUGAAUGUCAUCUUAAGGACGUGCACAUUUUCUUAGUUUCCUUUGUCGCUGGCAUCGCCAUUGGAAUUGGAACAGCAUAAGAAUUCUAAAUGCUGAUAUGAUAAUAAUUAGAUUGUAGAAAUCUGUAGCAUUAAAUUAUGUGGGAUUGCAAACCAUUGUAACGUCAAGGGAUUUUCGUCUUUCUAUCCUUAACCCACUAAUUUCACCUCUUUUGGUAUUUGGGGAAUAUUUUAAAUAUGUUUAGUUUUAUCGUUUUGCUUGCAAACAAAUUAGUGCCCAUAUUGUCUACAUAAUAUUUAUUUUAUGUUUUAAAUUACUUAUAAAGUAGAGGACUGAAUAAUAGGUUGUAGUUACUUCUUCCCUGUUACUUUUAUAAUCAUAAUUUGAACAAUAAUGUCAAUAUUUAUAUGUUGAAAAUGAAAUUAAACAAGUUUGGUUGUAUAUAAAUUGUGUGAUAAGUCAUAUAUUGUAAUGUAUCCUUUAUUUAUGUUUAGCAUUAAAAUGUAAUCAAUAAAAAAUACUAUUGUGAUCUGUCAAUAAAUCAAUAUUAAAACACUC